UUUUGGAAACCCUCAUUCUUCUCCUCCAAAAACACGCUCCUUCUCUGCUUCACGCCGUUUUCACGCCAUCACCACUCGCCGUCGCCCUUCUCCUUCGUCUUCACAUUUGCUCACCCCCAUUCACCGUCGCCCUUCUCCUUCGUCUUCUCACCAUCGCUCACCACUCACCGCGCCGCUCCUCAUCUUCUUCACCUUCGCUCACCACUCACCAUCGCCACUCCUCAUCUUCGUCGCUCACCACUCACCGAGACAUUGAAUUUCUUCUCUCUCUCAAAGAAAAACCCUAGCCACUGUUCUCUUUUUCAAGCUGUGUCGCCGCCGUCGAAUCUGGGCCAGCCGCCGUCCCCGCUCCUACUGCUCCAGUGCCGUCGCAACUUGUCUUUAUCAUUGCGUUGCGUCGCCUCUGUUCCACUGCCGUUGUUUGUUCCAGUUCCGUCGCCUGUGCUCCACUGCUCCCUCUCCCUCAUCUUGGUUUGAGUUCUGUCCUGCAUCUGAUUAUUCAAGCUAUUUUGUCAGUUGAAAAACAGCUUCAGCAACUUAACAUACGCGAGGAGGAAAACAAUAAUUUGCGUUCUAAUCUGUUGAGUAGACUGAUUCUAACUGCCUCCUCUGACAGUGUUAUUGCCAAUGCUACAAAAAUGUUGUCUUCUUUAAACAAAGAAUCUGCUGAUCAAGGCGAUCUAAAAAAUUUGAUCAUUGCAUCUGAGGCACAAUUUCCAGAGGUUACUAGAGCUCGGAAAGCUUUUCAAAUGGAAGAGGAACAAUUAAAUUCAUUGAUCGGCUUGUAUCGCAAGCGCCUUGGAAUGUGGAAUUUGGAAUUCAUGAGUGUUUCUGGAAUUACUCAUUUGAUAGAGGCCAUGCAAUUGCUGCAGAAUCUAGAACCUUCGAUGAAAAUUCAACAAAUCCAGCAAAGGAGCUUGGCCUUUUGGAGGAAAACCCGGAGACAAGUGUGUUCUUGAUCCAGUUACCAGCAGCUUUGCCAGCGAUUAUAGGAUCAGCUUCUUCUGGAAGCCAAGAUGGCAGUGAGAGCUCUUCUAAACCUCAAGGAUCCAUAAAAAAAGUGAAGCCCUAUAAGUUGAAUGAACUACCACCUGGCCUCAUGGGCAAAAUGCUUGUAUACAAGA